AUGUUGGCUUUUGCAAUUCGUGGUUUUGUUUUACUUAGCGUUAUUGGCUGGUACAGUAAUAGCGUUUGGAAAAUGAUCGAUGGUUACUUUAGAGACAAAUUUGACAAGUAUUUACGUGAGGAGUAUCAAAAGUAUCCGCAAAUGAAAAAAGAUAUUCAGCUUAUGGAAAAAGAAAUCAAUGAAAUUGUUGAAACAGCCGGUAAUAUUGAUAGCAAAUAUCGGGAAGAACUAUUGAAAAAAAAUUCAGAAAAUAAUCAUUUUAAAGAAGAAUUUAAUUUAAAUUCCAAAACAAAAGAUGUUUUUAAAUUUAAUGAUAUAGAUGGGAGGAAGGAUAGGAUCGGAGUAAAAUCGAGUAAAGAAAAUUUAAAGAAGAAAAAAUUGAAGUUUAAAAACUUAAGUCGAGAUAGAGUAAGAGGCGAAAUUUAUAACGCAGAUGAUGACUUUUCGGAGUUUGAAAGUGAUGAUGAUAAAAAAACUAAGUAUAAAGGGAUACGAGUCAGUAGUUUAGCGUUUAAACCUAAAGCUGAUAUUGGUAGUCUUGAUAUUGUAUCAGAAGAUGAAUUUUGUCCAAUUAGUUUGAAUGAUUACGAUGAAGAAACGUGUCGAGAAACUAAAGUGUGGCCUUAA